ACUUCAUUUCCCACGUAGCAUUAGACAGAUGAGCAUGCGCCUAAACUGGUGUAAUCGCCAUAACUGGAAGCCGGGGCACGGUUUUGGGUUCGCGGUGAUUCAGAAUGGGGGAAAAGCCGAUUUGGGAACAGAUAGGAUCCAGUUUUGUGCAACAUUACUACCAGCUCUUUGACACGGACAGGACCCAGCUUGGAGCAAUAUAUAUCGAUGCAUCAUGCCUUACAUGGGAGGGACAGCAAUUCCAGGGAAAAGCAGCGAUUGUCGAGAAACUUUCUACUCUCCCCUUCUUAAAAAUAGCUCACAGUAUAACAGCACAAGACCACCAGCCCACACCUGACAGCUGUAUAAUGAGUAUGGUAGUAGGACAAUUAAAAGCUGAUGAGGACCCCAUCAUGGGAUUUCAUCAGAGUUUCAUCCUGAAGAACAUUAAUGAUGCCUGGGUAUGCACCAAUGACAUGUUCCGGCUCGCGCUGCACAAUUUCGGCUAAGGACACCAGAAGUGGGCAGAGUGGAUAUAAGGGAAGGCUGAGGAUGGGGGAGGUCUUGCAGAGACACCUAAACGCCCAACCUCCUCUCUGUAUCAUCCAUACCUGUUUGAGAAAUUACACCGGAUUCCAGAUGUCAAUCACAGAGACAUGCAGGCACAUAGGCUACAUGCCUUCAACUGAAAUGAGAUCUGUUCCUUUGCUGAGAGUUCACAGAUCCAUCAGAGUCCCUUUCCCUACGCUGACCUGCAUGAUGCUGGGGAGCUUAAAUAUCUGAAGAUGGCAGACAAGGAAAAAAAUGUACCAAUUUACCUUCACCAUUUUAGUUUUAUGUUCGGACUCAAUGUCUUAUAUCCUCAUGUUUUCUCAUCGUACCCCCCUGUGUGUUAUCAGCUUGCCUUAUUGUAUACAACUAAAUCUCUUUUUAAAAGUUUAAUUUAACAUUCAUUGUUAUGUCAGGUUGCUCUAGCAAUCCAAAUAAUCAUAGAAAAUAUUAUCAAUAACAUCCUUAGACCAGCAAGCUUCCCAUUUCCUCCUCAUGCUCUCUGUGACAAUGAAUACAAAAGCCAUGAUACACAAUAAACCGUUUACUUUUUCUUAAUGUGA